ACGUUCCGUCCCACCUCCCGUUCCGUCUGCGUCUCCACGUCUGAGCUUCCUUCCCCGCCUGCUUUUGAAUGACAGCUUCAUACCGACAAGCAGGUACCAGUAUCAGACGGCUUUGAUCGAUGCAGCAACGACACCCACAGUUCCUUAAUGUGAUUCUCCGACCCGGCCCUUCCUGGCGCACCACUUUCUAGCAUACCUACCCUACGACCAAAUCUUAAAGAGAGCUUCAUACCUAGGAGAUUAUUUCAUUUGUCAACCCAGAACGAAUCGCUUUGGGCGACCAAUGUAGCCGCCAUGAACAACUACUACGGUUCUCCGCUGUCUCCUGAGGAGCUUCAGCAUCAAAUGGCUGCACAACACCAGCAGCAGCAGCAACAUCAGCAGCAACAGCAGCAUCAGCAGCAGCAUCAGCAGCAACAAAAUACUAAUCAACAUCGCAACGCCGGCAUGAUGAAUACGCCUACAACUUCGGGUCAAGGAAACAACACCAUUCACGCUUCAGAUGUGACAAUGUCGGGAGGAAGCGAGUCUCUUGACGAAAUUUUCCAGCAGAAUCUCGACGAAAUGCAUCGCAGACGGAGUGUCCCUCAGCCCUAUGGGGGCCAGACGGAUAGGAGAUUGUCCAUGCUUGAUUACGCGAACCCCAACGAUGGUUUCUCGGACUACCAGCUCGAUAAUAUGACAGGAAACUACGGCGACAUGACUGGCGCAAUGGGCAUGCCGGGACACUCGGGCCCGUAUGCAGGGCAGAACAUCAUGGCCAUGUCGGACCACACCGGUGGAUACUCGCACAUGUCGUCCAAUGUCAUGGGUAACAUGAUGACAUACCCCAACCUCAACAUGUACCACUCUCCCCCGAUCGAGACCCCCUAUUCUUCGACCGGGCUGGACACCAUAAACACCGACUUCUCUAUGGACAUGAAUCUGGAAAGUGGCCCAGUCAGCACGGCAAGCGUUCAUCCCACCCCGGGGCUCAACAAACAGGACGACAAGAUGAUGACCGUAGAGCAGGGUUUUGGUGGAGGUGACGAUGCCAACACCCCUCACCAGGCCCAGCAAAACAUGGGCGGUUUGACUCCGGCCAUGACCCCCGCCAUGACCCCUGCAAUGACUCCGGGUAUUAGCAACUUCGCACAAGGCAUGGCUACACCUGUCUCACAGGAUGCGGCAAGCACGCCGGCGACGACAUUCCAGUCCCCGCCGUUAUCCGCAACAACACGACCAAUACAAAUUGGGCCGCCGCCUCCUCCGAGCGUUAACAAUGCCCCUACCCCAACGCCAUCGACGCCGUCAGGUGGAGCAGCGUCUCAAGCAAAGAGCAUAUACUCCAAAAGCGGUUUCGACAUGCUGAGGGCGCUGUGGUAUGUGGCCUCCAGGAAGGACCCAAAGCUCAAGCUCGGCGCCGUGGACAUGUCUUGUGCGUUUGUCGUCUGUGAUGUAACGCUCAACGACUGCCCCAUCAUUUACGUGUCAGAUAACUUCCAGAAUCUCACCGGCUAUAGUCGCCACGAGAUUGUCGGGCGAAACUGCCGCUUCUUGCAGGCCCCCGACGGCAAUGUGGAGGCCGGCACCAAACGCGAGUUUGUCGAAAACAAUGCCGUAUAUACGCUCAAGAAGACAAUCGCGGCAGGCCAGGAAAUUCAGCAGAGUCUGAUCAACUAUCGGAAGGGCGGCAAGCCUUUCCUAAACCUGUUGACCAUGAUCCCCAUUCCCUGGGAUACCGAAGAGAUUCGUUAUUUUAUUGGAUUUCAGAUCGACCUUGUGGAAUGCCCUGAUGCCAUAAUCGGCCAGGAAGGAAAUGGGCCAAUGCAGGUCAACUAUACGCACAGCGAUAUCGGGCAAUAUAUUUGGACGCCACCUACCCAGAAGCAACUGGAGCCUGCUGACGGCCAGACUCUGGGCGUUGAUGAUGUAUCGACGCUUUUGCAGCAAUGCAAUUCGAAGGGUGUUGCAUCCGACUGGCACAAGCAAUCCUGGGACAAGAUGCUCUUGGAGAACGCUGACGAUGUAGUCCACGUGUUGUCGCUCAAGGGUCUCUUUUUAUACCUAUCUCCGGCCUGCAAGAAGGUGUUGGAGUACGAUGCCAGUGACCUUGUUGGGAGCUCGCUAUCCUCGAUUUGCCACCCAUCAGACAUAGUGCCGGUGACGAGGGAACUGAAAGAGGCUCAGCAACAUACUCCUGUCAACAUUGUCUUCAGAAUUCGGAGAAAGAACAGCGGUUAUACCUGGUUUGAAAGCCACGGAACACUGUUCAACGAACAGGGCAAGGGCCGGAAGUGUAUCAUUCUUGUGGGGAGGAAACGCCCCGUUUUCGCUCUGCGCAGAAAGGAUCUCGAACUCAACGGCGGUAUCGGUGACAGCGAAAUCUGGACCAAGGUCUCGACAUCGGGCAUGUUCUUGUUCGUUUCAUCGAAUGUCCGGUCGCUCCUCGAUUUGCUCCCGGAGAAUCUCCAAGGUACCAGCAUGCAGGAUCUCAUGCGCAAGGAGUCCAGAGCCGAGUUUGGGAGGGCGAUAGAGAAAGCCAGAAAGGGCAAGAUUGUGAGCUGCAAGCAUGAGGUGCAAAACAAGCGUGGCCAGGUGCUCCAGGCCUAUACGACGUUUUACCCUGGAGACGGUGGUGAGGGUCAGAGGCCAACGUUCUUGUUGGCGCAAACCAAGUUGUUGAAGGCGUCAUCAAGGGCACUGGCUCCCGCGACCGUAACGACUAAGAGUAUGUCUCCGGGCGGUGUUUCUUUGUCGGCAAUGCAAGGUGUCCAGACCGACAGUGAUAGCAACACUCUAAUGGGUGGUAUGAAUUCGAAAUCCGGAAGCAGCGAUAGCACGGGAGCCAUGGUCUCAGCGCGUAGCAGCGCAGCACCCGGUCAGGAUACAGCUCUGGACGCCGAUAACAUCUUUGACGAGCUCAAGACAACACGCUGCACCAGCUGGCAGUACGAGCUGAGGCAAAUGGAGAAGGUGAAUCGCAUGUUGGCCGAAGAGCUGGCACAGCUUUUGUCUAAUAAGAAGAAGCGAAAAAGAAGAAAGGGAGGAGGCAACAUGGUGAGGGAUUGUGCAAAUUGUCAUACCAGGAAUACGCCUGAGUGGCGUCGUGGGCCAAGCGGGAACCGAGAUUUAUGCAACAGUUGCGGAUUGAGAUGGGCAAAACAGACUGGGCGCGUAUCGCCGCGUACCUCAUCCCGAGGUGGGAACGGUGAUUCGGUGAGCAAGAAGAGCAAUUCACCUAGUCACUCGUCACCCCUUCAUCGAGAAGUCAGCAAGGAUUCGCAGUCUACCACCACUACCAAGAACGAACCCUCCCUCCGAGGUGGAAGUAGUACCACUCCACCCGGUACGGUCACAACGGACAGCGGGCCAGCAGUCGCAUCGAGCGCUAGUGGAACUGGUAGUACCACUAUAAGUACCUCGGCCAACUCUGCUGCAUCAACCGUAAGCGCCCUGGGCCCUCCUGCGACAGGUCCCAGUGGCGGCUCACCGACCCACCAUCUACCGCCUCAUCUUCAGGGAACACACCUCAACGCCCAGGCCAUGCAGCGUAUACAGCAGCAUCAGCAGCUUCAGCAGCAGCAGCAGCAACAUCAGCAACAUCAGUUUAACCCUCCGCAAAGCCAGCCACUGCUCGAAGGCGGAAGCGGUUUCCGUGGAAGCGGAAUGGAGAUGACCUCAAUCAGAGAAGAGAUGGGCGAACAUCAACAGGGCUUAAGUGUGUAGGAACCACUCGACCCGUUGACUACAUCGUCGAACUCUUAUGACUCAUCAUUGUCAAACCUGUCUUCACCUGCCGUGGAAGCCGGUGGCCAUACUGACCCACAGCAACCUCAACCGCAAGGUC